UGACCCGUCUCCCCUGCAACCCUUCCACCCUUCCACUCCCACCUUUCCACUACCUGCGUAGAGGGAGCAUUUCUCAACCUGAGGCACAGGUGAGCUCACCACACAGAGCAUGGAUUCACUGCGCCUGCCGCAGCCAAUGGACCCAGAGAAGGAGGAAGGCCUCGAUGAGAGACAUGGAAAUAAAAGCAAAGGUAUUAUAUGAAAUACAGGAGAAUGAACAGAUGAAUUCAGGGGUUCAAGCGAGUCCUGUACAUUCCUCUGUGGCUUUGGUUGAGGAGGAAACGGACGAGGCAGACCCUUGGAACCUGCCCGAGCUGAAGGACACCGGUGUCCCAUGGUCAGCUCUGGAUACCAAAGGGAAGGUGCUCAGAGUGCUGGUGUCAAUAGGCAAAUUGGUCCUGCUGCUGGGUUUCCUCUACAUGUUCAUCUGCUCCCUCGACCUACUCAGCUCAGCUUUCCAGCUUGUUGGAGGUAAAACGGCAGGUGACAUCUUCCAAGACAACUCAGUAUUGUCCAACCCACUGGCUGGACUGGUCAUUGGUGUUCUGGUCACUCUGCUGGUGCAGAGCUCAUCCACUUCCUCCUCUAUAGUUGUCAGCAUGGUCUCGUCUGGAUUGCUAACUGUCCAGCUGGCUGUACCUAUCAUAAUGGGUACCAACAUUGGGACCUCUGUCACCAACACACUGGUCGCAAUGACACAGGCUGGUGACCGCAGCACAUUUCGGAGGGCUUUUGCAGGGGCCACAGUGCAUGACUUCUUCAACUGGCUGUCCGUGUUGGUGCUGCUGCCGCUGGAGGUGGCCACUGGUUAUUUGUACAUGGUCACUAAGCAUAUCAUCGACUCCUUUAACAUCCAGAGUGGCGAGGCCCCAGACCUGUUGAAUGUGAUCACUGAUGUCCUCACAGAGUCAGUCAUAGAGUUGGAUGAGACUGUCCUUGGUGGGAUUGCCACUGGUGACCCUGCAGCCAGGAAUAAGAGUCUCAUCAGGAAAUGGUGCCAAUCUUUCACCAACACGACUUUAAUGAACGUUACAGUUCCUGGUCCAGAGAGCUGCACCUCUCCUUCUCUCUGCUGGGACGAUGGCAACUACACCUUCACACUGAAGAACAUUUCUGAAACAUAUAAUAUCCAGAAAUGUAAACACCUCUUUGUGGAUGUCGAUCUUCCUGACCUGGCGGUGGGUCUGAUCCUGCUGGCCCUCUCCCUGCUGGUGCUCUGCUCCUGCCUGAUCCUCAUCGUAAAGCUGCUCAACUCUAUGCUGAAGGGACAGGUGGCUGCAGUCAUCAAGACAAUCCUCAACCAUGAUUUCCCGUUUCCAUUUGGUUGGGUCACUGGCUACAUUGCCAUUUUAGUUGGAGCUGGAAUGACCUUCAUCGUGCAGAGCAGUUCAGUUUUCACUUCUGCAAUUACCCCACUUGUUGGUAUUGGUGUCAUUAGCAUAGAGAGAGCAUACCCACUGUCUCUGGGUUCAAAUAUUGGCACAACCACCACAGCCAUCCUGGCAGCCAUGGCUAGUCCUGGAGACACGCUAGCUAACGCUCUACAGAUUGCCCUUGUCCACUUCCUGUUCAACAUCUCUGGCAUCCUUCUCUGGUAUCCAAUCCCCGUCACCCGCCUCCCCAUCCGGCUGGCUAAAGGUCUGGGCAACAUCACCGCCACCUACCGCUGGUUUGCUGCUGUCUACAUCAUCUGCUGCUUUUUCCUUUUGCCACUCUUUGUCUUCAGCCUGUCAUUGGCUGGCUGGCAGGUGCUGGUAGGUGUGGGUGCACCUCUGCUCAUAAUAUUGAUCAUCAUCAUAGUGAUCAACAUGUUGCAGAAAUGUAAACCUGGGUGUUUGCCUGCAAAACUGAGAUCCUGGGAUUUCCUCCCUCUCUGGGCCCAUUCCCUGGCUCCCUGGGAUGGAGUGGUUGGUGUGAUUAACUCCAAGUGUUGUUGCUGCUGCAAAUGCUGCCAAGUUGCUGCUGAGGACCCAGAACACCAAGAGAAAGAGUCUGUGGAAAAUAACAAGAAGACACACACAGAGGUGUAUGAUAACCCUGCAAUGAGUGCGGAAAAAGAGGUAGAAAAUGAGAUAAAGAUAGAGCUAAACAUUUUGAAAAUGACCCGGCUGUGAGAUCUUAUUUAUAAUGUAUUUGUGUUUGAUGAUUUGGGCAUGAUGCCAAGAAGCAUAUUGCCCAUGGCACAAGAACCAAAAACAUUCAGGAUCAAUUUCCAUAAAAAUGUAUUCAUUACUUUGAGUAUAUCUGUUUUUUGAAAGAUGAGAAAUGGUUGUAUAAGGAUAUUUAACUGUCAGGUAAAGAAAAUGACACAGGCAGGAAAAUCUUCCGACUGUAUCUUCCAACUGAAAUUGCCUUAAAAGGCUAAGGAGGCAAUGGUCUGUGUAUACUUUUUCGAUAUUUAUUUGGACAGUCACUACCUCACAAAACCAACGUCAAGAUCUCUACCGGGUGCGCAUGUGCAAUUUCACCAUGGAUCUCAAACUUGAGCAGAGGGCAAACGUCAAACUCUGUGUCAAACUUGUGUUGAGGAUCACCAGAUCUCAUUUGCCACCAUCAGGUCAAAUUUUUUUAACUGUCUGCUACUGUGGUUUAAAACCAGCUUCAGCUGUACUUGGUGAUUAGUGCUGAUAAGUAAAUGGUAGCAUGCUAAUAUUCGUGUUGACUCUUAGUAGUGUUUGACAACAGUGGAAGUCUAUUCCAGGGAGGACUAUUCAGGCUUUGGCUACAAAGUCAAUACUUGUUAGUAGCAUUAAUUAAUUGGUUGGUUUUCAUAUUUCAAUGGGAUUUGAAGACAACAAGAACAAUUUUGAAUAUUAUCAGACUUAUCCUGUAAUUGUAUCUAACUGUAUCACUAAUAGGCCACAAAUCAUUGACUCUUAGACAGCCUAAAAGGACAAAUUGCAGUUUUGAAAGAAAUUCAACAUGGUUCUUAAAUUUGAUAUUCCAAUAAAAAGUAUUGAAAUUAUAAAAUAUGUGUUAGGUUGGAUCAUAAUCUAUGCUCUUAAAAUGGGAAAACACCUGAAGGUGCCAUGGACUUUGUGUACUAGCAUACUGUAGAUAUAGUCAUGAUCGGAUCAGCACAAAACCUUCGUGGCAGAGCACUGUUUUGAUGUGAUUGUUUUCAUAUGUUUCAAACUCAGUUUUCAUGUUUUGUAUUUUUACAGAGAAAAAAACAGUUCUUCUUUUACAGUGUAUACGACACAUUGAGAUCCUUGACACAUCGUUUUAAGGUGUAAAAAUUAUUUUAUAAUCGAGAUGGAUAAUUGUAUUCAAGGAAUAUGGAAUAAUAGUUUGUAAUUAGAUGGAUGGGCAUCUAACUUCUUAAUGUUUUUAUCACACAAUGUAUUUUUUGACUUGUAUAUUUUUUCCCAUAAUAGCAAUAUGAAAUUAAAAAAAUAAAGGAUUUAUGAACCCUAA